AUGUUCUCCUCGAUAUCAUCUCUGUUGGUCGCAAGCAUAUAUCUAGCUCUCAGCGCACAAGCUCUACCAAGACCGCAAGCGACAUACUCUGUCGUGGAUGUCGACGGCAGCGCAAGCAGCACAAGCUCCGCCUCAUCCGCCACAAUUGUUUACGAGACGAUAUCAGUCACAGCACCUUCGGCACCUCAACCAACAGUCGAGAAGACCAUCUCUGUCACGAUAAUCGCAACACCCAGCACAACUUCGUCAAGCAAAGCGGCUUCUUCGACCAUUUCAAGCUCGAGUCCAAGCACAGUAACGCUCGUCAGCUUAACGACAAGCAUAUCAACGACAUCGAUAGAAUCUGUCUCAACAACCACAGUCUCGGUCGCCGGACCAGCUCAGCCGUACACUGUCACAGCUUUGCCAUCCGCUGCAUACAGCAACAGCAGCUCCUCCACCAAGACGAGCUCCUCAACACCAGCCACAACAUCAACAUCCGCCAGCAUUGCCCAGGCAACGACUAUUCUGAGCACUUUUGCCACCUCGACCAUUCCCACGACUGUCACCGUUGCAUCUAUUACUACGGCGACACCUUCCGCAUCUUCGACAUCCUACUAUGAUGAUGGAAUGUGGCAUACUUCAUACCCAUAUACGAAACCUGCUGUCUGGAAUUCUACGACCAAUGCUCUGCAUUGA